UUGGCACCCCUUCACGUCAGACAACUGGUUAAGAAAGGAGUGAAAGUAAUAGUACAGCCAUCAAACAGGAGAGCAUAUCCACUGCAAGCCUAUGUUCAGGCGGGAGCUGUCAUACAAGAGGACAUCAACGAAGCGCCGGUCAUUAUCGGUGUAAAACAAGUGCCGAUCGACUCAUUACUGCCCAACAAGACGUAUGCCUUUUUCUCGCACACCAUCAAAGCUCAAGAGGCAAAUAUGUCUCUUCUCGACGCCAUUCUCGACAGAAAUAUUCGACUUAUCGAUUACGAGAAAAUGGUUGACAACUCUCAACGAGUGGUGGCUUUCGGGCGAUUCGCUGGAAUCGCGGGAAUGAUUGAUAUAAUGCACGGAUUGGGUCUCAGACUGUUAGCACUCGGCCAUCACACGCCGUUCAUGCAUAUCGGACCCGCACACAACUACCGCAACAGCGGAAUGGCUAAGCAGGCCAUUAGGGACACCGGUUAUGAAAUAGCGCUGGCAAUGAUGCCCCGCUCUAUCGGUCCGCUCACUUUCAUAUUCACGGGCUCUGGCAAUGUAUCGCAAGGAGCGCAGGAAAUAUUCCAAGAGUUGCCGUAUGAAUACGUGGACGUCAAGGAUUUGGGAAAAGUGGCACAAUUGGGUCAAACAACUAAAGUGUACGGA